AUGGCGCCCUCCCGCCCCUCGCUUUCCAUCACCCUGCCCUCCAACUUCGAAUUUCACUACAGCGACGGCCAGAUGCCCAAGACGCCAGAGGCACAGCAACAGGCAGAGCAGUCGGCAGCAGAACCGCCUUCACCACCGCGACCACAGCCGUUCAAGGUCAAGAGAAAGCGCGUCUCCAGCGUACCAUUCCAGGAGCCGAACAUCAUGCUCGACAACACCGUGAUACCGACCAUUGAGAUGUCCGAGGUUCCCUCAGACAUGUCUAGUCCCACAUUACAACCUACCUCAGCACACCUUCUGUCGCCCAUGCCCAUAUCAGCUGGUCUCCCUCGCGCAUUGACGCCACCAAAGACACCCGCGCCAAGGACUUACUCGUCGUGGCAGCUCGAAAGUCCCGCUGAGGAGUGGGACCUCAUCAACAACACCAAACCUGCCUUCGAGCGCGCUGGAUCCGUCUGCUCGUCCUUCUCCGACUCCUCCAUUUCUUCGUGUGGAAGCUCCGCAUUCUCGGCACCUACCGGUUGUUAUGACAGCCCAGACUCUGAAACGGCAGACCCAUUCGUGGACGACGGCCUCCCCAAGCAGAACGCCAACCUGCAAACGCCUGUGCGUAGCUCACCUAAGUCUAAGCGGGUCAAGACCCGACGUGACAUCAAGUGGACGCCGCAAAUGGACGACCACCUGUGGAUGACCUUCAUGUCUUACCUUUCCGAUCCACGCUUGACACCUUUCAAGAUGCUUCCAGGCAGUACGCCCCCAAUGGGAGUAUGCGAGAAAGUGGCCACUGAGGCAAGACGUACAUGGCGUUCUCGCAAGAUCGCGCCCUCUGAGCCUGGUUUUGCAGAUGGCUUUGUUGAACUUGACACUCCCCAGCGUGAGGGCUCACCUGACACCAUCCGGCCAAGCAUGUUCCAGAACAUGCAGCAAAAGUGGCCGAGAUCGACAGCAGCAACUCGAAAGAGGCUGCGCACACUUUGUGCAGGCAGGCCAUCCAUAUCUGCUCACUAUCAGCGCAUGCUUCGUACCCGUAGUCCAUCUCCGUUCGAGACAUCGGAUCCUGCCAGCCAAGCAGCUGAGCCAGAGUCCUCGUUCUCCGGCAUCGACAUGGUUAUGUCUCUCGUGACAUCCACUGCGCCGUCAAUGCAACCAAAUGGCAUGCUUGCACAGCUGGCCCGCGACGAGCCUUCUGAACCAAGACAGUACCGUGCUGCACGGCCCGACGGCUGGUUCGACCGCAUGCCCCGAUCCAAGGCACAUCAAAAGAGUGCUUCGCUGCAAUCUGAGCUCAAGCUUAGCCUAGAGGACUUGUCCCAUCCGGGCGCAGACACGUUGGCGUCGCCUUUCGAUGCCGAUUCCAGAUCUCAUCGUUCACAUCUGCUUCAGAGCAUGUCGAACACCAAGUCGCUUGGCCGAGCAGAGUUCAACGGGAGGUCGUUGGAAGCUCCUGUUGAGUUCAAGAUGGGCGCGCCAACCGAUCGUCGCUCGCGCAAGCGGCGAUUCCGAUCAGAUGAGGAGAAGCCACGACGUCUUCCGCUGGAGGAUGUCUUUGGUCCUCCUGUCCAAGAACGCGUCGCUCGUAACCGUGGCUUCAGUGUCGGUGCUGUCCGUGCUUCGGACAACCUCGCCAGACUUUUCACGCCGGCCACGCCUCAUGUGACUGAUUUCGAUCAAGUGAUGGGCGAGGCCUCGACAGGUGCUCAGGAAGACGUACCAAUGGGUUGCCGUUCCGCGCCUCGUCGUCUUGCAGAGCCAGUGCCACGUCUUGGCUCUCCGUUUGUUGAGGGACCGCCACUCAGCCGCCAGCACAACACCUUCCCACGCAGCACUCUGCUGCCCACGGGUGAUAACCAGGAUCCAUUUCACCAGCGCCUGAUCGAACUCGCCGCUGCACACGCCAACAAUGCUACCAACCACUCUUGA